AUGGAGCCGUUGCGGGUCCUGGAGCUCUACAGCGGAAUUGGGGGCAUGCACCAGGCUCUCAGAGGGAACUCAAAAAAUAGUACGUGAAGCGAGAACUUACAGAUGUUCAAGCUAGAUUGAGAAAAGGCAGAGGAAUCAGAGAUCAAAUUGCCAACAUCCAUUGGAUCAUGGAAAAAGCCAGAGAGAUCCAAGAAAACAUCUACUUCUGCUUUACUGACUAAGCUAAAGCUUUUGACUGUGGAUCACAACAAACUGGAAAAUUCUUAAAGAGAUGGGAAUAAUAGACCAUCUUACCAGCCUCUUGAGAAAUCUGUAUGAAGGUCAAGAAGCAACAGUUAAAACCAGACGUGGAACAAUGGACUGGUUCCAAAUUGGGAAAGGAGUACGACAAGGCUGUAUAUUGUCACCCUGCUUAUUUAACUUACAUGCAUCAUGUGAAACGCCGGGCUGGAAGAAGCACAAGCUGGAAUCAAGAUUGCCGGAAGAAAUAUCAGUAACCUCAGAUAUGCAGAUGACACCACCCUUAUGGCAGAAAGCGAAGAGGAACUGAGGAACCUCUUGAUGAAAGUGAAAGAGGAGAGUGAAAAGGCUUGCUUAAAACUCAACAUUCAAAAAACUAGGAUCAUGGCAUCUUGUCCCAUCACUUCAUGGCAAAUAGAUGGGGAAACAAUGGAAACAGUGACAAACUUUAUUUGCUUGGGCUCCAAAAUCACUGCAGAUGGUGACUGCAGCCAUGAAAUUAAAAAACGCUUGCUCCUUGGAAGUAAAGCUGUGACCAACCUAGACAGCAUAUUAAAGGGCAGAGACAUCACUUUGCCAACAAAGAUUCGUCUAGUCCAAGCUAUGGUUUUUCCAGUAGUCAUGUAUGGAUGUGAGAGUUGAACCAUAAGGAAGACUGAGGGGUGAAGAAUCGAUGCUUUUGAACUGUGGUGUUGGAGAAGACUCUUGAGAAUCCCUUGGAGUACAAGGAGAUCAAACCAGUCAAUCCUAAAGGAAAUCAACCCUGAAUAUUCAUUGGAGGGACUGGUGCUGAAGCUCAAGUUCCAAUAUUUUGGCCACCUGAUGCGAAGAGCUGACUCACUGGAAAAGACCCUGAUGCUGGGAAAGAUUGAGGGAAAGAGGAGAAGGGAUGACAGAGGACAAAGUGGUUGCAUGGCAUCACCAACUCAAUGGACAUGAGUUUGAGCAAGCUCCGGGAGAUGGUGAAGGACAAUGAAGCCUGGCGUGCUGCAGUCCAUGGGGUUGCAAAGAGUCGGACUCAACUGAGCGACUGAACUAAAACAGCAACAAUAGAGUACCAGAGAUUCAUAAACAAUAUGAGUCAUAAACAGUAUGAACCAGAGGUUCAUAAACAAUAGAAAUUAAUUUCUCACAGUUCUGAAGGCUGGGAAGUUCAAGAUCUUCGUGGUAGCAUGGUUGAAUUCUGAAAGCUGUGUACCUGCACAAGUGGUGGCCGCUGUUGAUGUAAACACUGUUGCUAACGAAGUAUACAAGUAUAAUUUUCCUCACACACGGUUACUGGCCAAGACAAUUGAAGGCAUUACACUAGAAGAGUUUGACAGAUUAUCUUUCAAUAUGAUUUUAAUGAGCCCACCCUGUCAGCCCUUCACAAGAAUUGGCCUGCAAGGUGAUGUGACUGAUCCAAGGACAAAUAGCUUCUUAUAUAUUCUAGACAUUCUCCCAAGAUUACAAAAAUUACCGAAGUAUAUUCUUUUAGAAAAUGUUAAAGGUUUUGAAGUAUCUUCUACAAGAGAUCUGUUAAUACAAACAAUAGAAAAUUGUGGCUUUCAGUACCAAGAAUUUCUAUUGUCUCCAACCUCUCUUGGCAUUCCAAAUUCAAGAUUACGGUACUUCCUUAUUGCAAAGCUUCAGCCAGAGCCUUUCCCUUUUCAGGCCCCUGGUCAGGUACUGAUGGAGUUCCCCCAAACUGAAUCUGAACAUCUCCCUAAAUAUGCAGUAAAUGCAGAAAACAAAACUGAAGAAAAGAAAAUUGAACCAAAUAUUAGCUUUGACAGCAGCACAGAGUGUUCUGGAAAAGAGGCCAUUCUUUUCAAGCUUGAAACUGCAGGAGAAGUUGACAGGAAACAGCAACAGGACAGCGAUCUCUCUGUGCGGAUGCUGAAAGAUUUUCUUGAAGAUGACAUUGACAAGCAUUCAUUCUUUUUACCACCAAAGUCACUACUGCGAUAUGCUCUUUUGUUAGACAUUGUUAAACCCACUUCCAGAAGAUCCACAUGCUUUACAAAAGGUUAUGGACGCUACAUAGAAGGGACAGGAUCUGUGUUGCAGACGACAGAGGAUGUGCAGAUUGAGAAUAUCUACAAAUCGCUUACCGGUUUGUCACAAGAAGAAAAGAUAAUGAGAUUGUCAAUGCUUCAACUUCGAUUUUUCACUCCUAAAGAAAUAGCAAAUCUCCUUGGAUUUCCUCCAGAGUUUGGAUUUCCUGAGAUGACAACUGUCAAACAGCGUUAUCGUCUACUUGGAAAUAGUCUCAACGUGCAUGUUGUAGCUACACUAAUCAAAAUCCUAUGUGACUAAUUUUUUAAAUAACUCUGAUGGAGGGUCACAGUUUUCUAUCAUAUCUAGAUAGUAAUUUUGAAGUUCUUUUUUGAAUUCAUUUUGACAGAUUUUGACUAAAUUAUCUUUCUCUUUAAUAAGAAGUUUGGGUUGGUCAGGAAAAUGCCAUUUUGUUUCCUUAAAUUUAUAUUACUAUGUUUUGUAAGGUGAAAUUUAUUGUUAUGCUUCAGGAGAAUAUAUUUUCAUAUGAAAGUAGUAAAUAUAUAUGUUAAAUACUCCCUUUAUGAUAUUAUGGUAUAGACAAGUUUAGAAACAUUAGAAUUUUAUUGUCUACAUGAAUAUCUUAUAAAGUAUUAUAAAAUAAUAUAUAAACUUGAGAUACUAUAUGUUUGUGUAUGUUACUUAAAGUUGCUUUCAGUUCAGUCGCUCAGUCUUCUCUGACUCUUUGCAACCCCAUGGACUGCAGCACUCCAGGCUUCCCUGUCUAUCACCAACUCCCAGAGCUUGCUCAGACUCAUGUCCAUUGAGUCGGUGAUGCCAUCCUACCAUCUCAUCCUUUGUCAUCCCCUUCUCCUCCCACCUUCAGUCUUUUCCAGCAUCAGGGUCUUUUCUAGUGAGUUUUUCACAUCAGGUGGCCAAAGUAUUGGAGUUUCAGUUUCAGCAUCAGUCCUUCCAAUGUGUAUUCAGGACUGAUUUCCUGUAGGAUUGACUGGUUGGAUCUCCUUGCAGUACAAGGGACUCUCAAGAGUCUUCUCUAACACCACAGUUCAAAAGCAUCGAUUCUUCGGCACUCAGCUUUCUUUAUAGUCCAACUCUCACAUCCACAUGUGACUACUGGAAAAACCACAGCUUUGACUAGAUGGACCUUUAUUGGCAAAGUAAUGUCUCUGCGUUUUAAUAUGCUGUCUAGGUUGAUUGUAGCAUUUCUUCCAAGGAGUAAAGCGUCUUUUAAUUUCAUGGCUGCAGUCACCAUCUGCAGUGAUUUUGGAGCCCAAGAAAAUAAAGUCUGUCACUGUUUCCAUUGUUCCCCUAUCAAUUUGCCAUGAAGUAAUGGGACCGGAUGCCAUGAUCUUAGUUUUCUGAAUGUUGAGUUUUAAGCCACAUUUUUCACUCUCCUCUUUCACUUUCAUCAAGAGGCUCUUUAAUUCUUCUUUGCUUGAUUUAAGAAUCUAUCAUUUUACUUUAAGAUGAUUCAUCCUAUUUCUAAAAUGAUGAUUCUAGCCUGUUUAAAAUAUUGAAUAAUUUUACUUAAUUUUGAUUUUUUGAACAUUGUUUUAUAUAAACAAAUGUGUACAAUAUUUUAGAAUAAAUUGGUAUCACUCACCUUUUGCAACAGUCUGCAAAAAAUGUCAGAAAUAAUAAUCCUAAACUAUUGAUUACCUUUCCAUCAGUAUGCCAUACUGACGAAAAAUUUAGGUACACAUUAUCUAAUUAUCUUUAAUUCUGCUUCCUUCUAAAAGACAAAAUUCACCGUCCCUUUAAUGGCAACCCACUCCAGUAUUCUUGCCUGGAGAAUCCCAUGGACAGAGGAGCCUGGUGGGCUACAGUCCACGGUAUCGCAAAGAGUUGGACACGACUGAGCGACUUCACUUGCACCUUUAGUUUGCUGUUUUCAGAGCUUGCUUUUGCCUUUUAUGUACAUUUUACCACAAUUAAAAAAGGCGUAACUUUUAA